UGGAGCUUCUGCCUCCUUGUCUGGCCAAGGUACCACUGCAGGGAGGACCCCCCCUUCCACUGGACACUGAAGGGAGGGGUCAUGCCCUGCCACAGUGAGCCAGGGAGCAGCCAAGAGCAUCCUGUAGCUGUGAAUACCCAGGUAAUAGGUACAGCAGGGCAGCAUCACCCCAUGGGCUCUUGAGCCCCAGUGAGCAGAGGGAGCACCCUGGGACAGAGGGAACGUGUCUGGGGACAGCACCCUGACUGUGUGGGCAGGUGCAUGGCAAGGGACAGCUGGAGUGGGACUGGUGCACCAGGCACUUGUGUGGUAUCACUGUGCUGCAGGGGUGACUUUGUCACCUCUCAGAGGAUGUGGGAAAGGCUGGUGACUCCUCAAGGUCUUAGAACAUCAUGCUGAGGCCUCACCACAUGUCUGCAGGGCCGACGCCUCUGGGGCUGAUGUAGUCCCUCAGGGACCAGUGAGAACAAACAGCAGCAAGUUUUCACUCUUGGCUCAUGGAAAAAGCCAGGCCCACCCUCGCAGUGAUUCACCACCAUGCUCCGCCAGCCCCCCACACAAGGACAGAUGGGGAGGAGCCACCACCACCACCAUCCCCGGCCCUGCUCCCCUGGGCUGUAAGUCCUGUGACAGGGCACGGGCAGGGCACUGCUGCACUGGAUAGGUGCUGGCACCCUCACCCCGUGUGUCACCGGGAUGAGGCCCAAGAGGAUGUUGCAAUGCCUGGCCCCAUCCCAGCCUGGCCAGGCUGUGGGAUCAGUGCGUGCCUCGGGUGUGUGCAGCAGCUCGCAGCCCUGUGGCCUCCCUUGCACCAGGGGUCAGAGAGGGGUUGGUGCUGAGGGGUGCCUGGGUGAGGGACACAGCCCGGGGACCCAGAGCCAGGCCAUUGAUGGGUUGGCAGUGAUCAGAGUUGGUGUGAGGUUUAACUUGGGGACAGGAGACAGGUGGCAGUGCCACCCUGCAUAAUGGAGGGACCCCACAGUGGGGGCUUUGCAGGGGUGGCAGGUUGGGGUAGGUUGCCACUACUGACUAGGCAUUUCAGCCCACUGGGCUGAGGACCAUGUCAGUCAGGAGGGUGAGCUGGGGCAAGUGAGGUGGCAGGAACAUUCACAGCCUGAAGAAAUGGGUCCCAGGAGGAGAGGAGGGGUCUGGUCUCUGCCAGGGUCUUUGUUCCCAGGUUGUCCAGUCCCCACUGUUGCCAUGUCUCUGUCCUGGCCCAGAUCAUCCCAUUUGCAGCCUAGACUAACUUGCAGUGGAGGGCCAUGUAGGAGUUGGACUUGAUGAGCCCUGUGGGUCCCUUCCAACUCAGGAUAUCCCAUGAUUCUAUGAUUUCCAGAUGCUUCCCUGCCCAAGCAAGGCAGAGUGGCACUGACCAGGCUGUCCACAGCCAUCCCUGUUGCAGCCACUGUCGUGAUGACAAACCCAGAGCUUCCACUGUGAGGGGUGCCGGGAGGGCAGAGCAGGUCUGUCACCCACACUGGCUGUGGUUUGGCAGUGGUGCCAGGGUUGCAGCACAGCUUCAAACCUGUACCUCACGUUUCCCCAGAACACUGGAGGAAUGGAGCAUCUUCACAAUGGGCCAGGGGUUUACGCUCAGGGAUAGGCAGCGCGUCAGGAUCAUGCCCUGGUGCAGCCACUCCGCCUGCAUCCUUCAGAGUGUGAUGGCCCAGGCAUCUCUGGCUGUGUCCCCCUGGGGCAGGAGGGAACCAGGCUGUCAAUGCGGAGUUUCCCCCAGCACCCUCUUCAGGGAUUCAGCCUCAUGGCUGCAGCCCCACGUGGCUCAUGGUUGGGUACAGUUAAUGCCAGCAGCUGCGGGGUUUCAGCCCUUGGCACCCACUGCAGCUGUGCCUGAGGCCAGCAUGAGCCAGGUCCUGCCCUGGUGCCCCCCUCCAUGGGCUGGGGUUCCACCAUGGUGUCCCUUUCCACAGCCCCUGGAGGACUCUGUAUCUGCAGGUUCAGGAUGGAUGAUGGGUGGGCUUGGCAGUGGAGAACAGCCUUAAAUUCCCUCUGUUCCCCCUGCAGGGCAAGGCAGGACUGCUGCUGGCAGCGGCAGGGGACUCCAGCCAUGGAGCAGAGCCAGGAGGGUGCCUGAAGCUGCUGGAAGGAGCAGGAGGGAGUGCAGGACAUGGAGCCCCCAAACAGCAGCACGGCCGGGCAGGCAGACUCAUGUUUCGGGGUUUUCAAUGCCAGUGAUGGCCGUGCCAGUGCACAGAACAGCAUCGCCUCACCCUGGUUCUCCACGGCCUUCGGCCUCAUCGGCCUCUGUUCCAACCUCUUUGCCCUCUGUGUCCUGGUCAGCUCUUCCCGCAAGCUCUCCAGCCAGGCCCGCUCCUCCUUCCUCAUCUUCCUCUGUGGGCUGGUGGUCACAGACUUCAUGGGGCUGCUGGUGACGGCCUCGGUCAUCAUCCCCUACCACUUCACCAAGUUCUCCUGGACUGAGGUGGACCCUGGCUGCCACCUCUGCAACUUCCUUGGAUUCUCCAUGGUCUUCUUUGGGCAGUGUCCGCUGCUGCUGGGGGCCACCAUGGCUGGGGAAAGGUUCUUGGGCAUCAACCGCCCCUUCUCCCGCUCCACCAGCCUCUCCAAGCGCCGUGCUUGGGCCAUUGUGGGGCUGGUGUGGGGCUUCUCCUGCUUGCUGGGACUGCUGCCGGUGUUCGGGCUGGGGCGGUACACGCUGCAGUUCCCUGGCUCCUGGUGCUUCCUCACCCUCUUGCCUGACACAGGCGAUGUUGUCUUCUGCCUGCUCUUUGCACUGCUGGGCAUCCUCUCCGUGCUGCUCUCCUUCAUCCUCAACACCGUCAGUGUGGUCACGCUCUGCCGCGUCUACCACGACCGCGAGUCAGUGAAGCGGCGCCGUGACAGCGAGGUGGAGAUGAUGGUGCAGCUCGUGGGCAUCAUGAUUAUCGCCACCAUCUGCUGGAUGCCUCUCCUGAUCUUCAUUGUCCAGAUGGUCCUGCAGCACCUGCCUGGCCAGGCACAGGUGCUGCCCACGGACACACAGGAGAUGCUGCUGAUCUACAUCCGCAUGGUCACCUGGAACCAGAUCCUGGACCCCUGGGUCUACAUCCUGUUCCGCCGGGCUGUGCUGCAGCGUGUGUAUCCCCGGCUGCACCCCCGGCCCUCCAUCGUGUCCCUCACCCCCUCCCUGCCCCGCAAACUCACCACUGGCUCCGUCCUGCAGUAGCAGCCCUGGGGACGGGCACUGGGCAGGGGGACACGGCCAUCCCCCCAUCCCACCCCUGCAGUGGAUCCUCAUCACCUGCAUCCAGGGGCCUCCCCCUCCUCAAGCCUGAUACCCAAGGGGCUGUCAGGGGGCUGCUUCCCCCUCCCCGUCCCCAAUAAAACACAGCUCGUGCA